CAGCCUCUUGCGUAAUUUCAGCUCUUACUCCAUAUUUUCAACUCAUUCAAUAAUUUCUCGAUUUGACUUGUGGUCUUUCUCUCUACUAAAUCCUUUAACUUCUGGGAAUUCACUUUAGAAUCAAACGAGAGUUUCAAAUUCUCCUAUAAGAGGUGAAGUGAAAGAAACAUGACGAUCUCUGUGGAAAGUGGGGAUCCAAUCAGAAGGCAGGAGGGGAAAUUGCAAGCCAUGGUAGUUUGCUUCAUUCUGGGAUUGGGAUCUCUUGUUGCGUGGAACAGCAUGUUAACAAUAGGAGAUUACUACUACAAAAUCUUUCCUAAAUAUCAUCCCUCGAGGGUACUCACUCUGGUCUACCAACCCUUCGCACUUGUAACAAUGUCAUUUCUGGUGCACUAUGAGGCCAAGAUCAACACAAGGGUGCGAAAUAUAGCAGGAUACAUUCUCUUCGCUGCAAGCACCUUCUUAGUUCUUGUUUUGGAUCUAGGAACAUCAGGAAGAGGUGGAAUAGGACCCUACUUAGGUUUAUGUGCAAUUUCUGCUUGUUUUGGAGUUGCUGAUGCUCAUGUUCAAGGUGGAAUGGUUGGAGACCUAUCUUUAAUGCAUCCUGAGUUCAUCCAGUCUUUUUUUGCUGGGUUAGCAGCGUCGGGGGUUCUGACCUCUGGAUUGAGACUGCUCACGAAAGGGGCUUUUGGGAAUUCUCAUAACGGACUUCGCAAAGGAGCUAUACUAUUCUUUGCGAUCUCUACAUUCUUUGAGUCCAUCUGCGUGAUUCUCUAUGCACGCUAUUUCCCCAAAUUGUCAAUAGUGAAGUAUUACCGAUCAAAAGCAGCCUCAGAAGGAUCAACAACUGUAUCUGCAGAUCUUGCUGCUGCUGGCAUUCUGACCGACUCAAACCGACAAGUUGCAUCUGAAGCUAAACAACAUGAGCGUAUGAGCCAUAAGCAAUUGUUGCUUGAGAACAUUGAUUACGCAGCUGACUUGUUUUUGAUAUAUGUGUUGACACUGUCAAUUUUCCCGGGAUUCUUGUACGAAAAUACUGGAUCACACCAGCUAGGAGAAUGGUACCCUCUUGUUCUGAUCGCAAUGUACAACGUGCUGGAUCUGAUAUCUAGAUACGUUCCUCUAAUCCAAUGUCUGAAGAUGGAAUCAAGAAAAGGCUUGCUGAUUUCAAUUCUUGCUCGGUUCUUGUUGAUCCCAGCUUUCUACUUCACUGCAAAAUAUGGCGACCAAGGAUGGAUGAUCCUCCUCGUUUCUUUCUUGGGAUUAACCAAUGGCUAUCUCACUGUUUGUGUCCUCACUGUUGCACCCAAAGGCUAUGAGGGUCCUGAGCAGAAUGCAUUGGGCAAUUUGCUUGUUCUAUUUCUCUUGAUUGGUUUGUUUGCUGGAGUUUCUCUUGAUUGGUUGUGGCUCAUAGGAAAAGGUCAAGAGUUUUGAUAGAACACCCAAUUAUUGUAAAUGACCUUGUUAUCUAUGAUCCGUUUCUCGUUAUUAUCUAAAAUUCUUAAUCAUGAA